AUGAGCUCCCUUGGCUUGCGGAGCUUGGCUCCCGCCUCGAAGAUCUCCCGUGCUUUGAGGGAUCAGAGACGUCUAUUUUCAUCCUCCCGACCUGCAGCCCGCAUCUUCGGCAGCAAUCCUCUGCGCGCUAAGGCCGCUGAAGGCUACAUCUCAGAUAAAUACCCGGUCAUUGACCACGAAUACGAUGCCGUCGUCGUCGGGGCUGGUGGUGCCGGUCUGCGUGCCGCCUUCGGUCUUGCUGAAGCUGGAUUCAACACUGCCUGUGUCUCGAAGCUUUUCCCUACUCGAUCUCACACUGUCGCCGCUCAGGGUGGUAUCAAUGCUGCCCUUGGAAACAUGCACCCCGAUGACUGGAGAUGGCACAUGUACGAUACUGUGAAGGGUUCCGAUUGGCUUGGUGACCAGGAUGCUAUCCACUACAUGACGAGAGAGGCCCCCGCUAGUGUUCGUGAGCUCGAAGGUUACGGUUGCCCCUUCUCCCGUACCGACGAGGGUCUCAUCUACCAGCGUGCUUUCGGUGGUCAGUCGAAGGAAUUCGGCAAGGGAGGACAGGCCUACCGUUGCUGUGCCGUCGCGGAUCGUACCGGUCACGCUCUUCUGCACACUCUCUACGGACAGUCUCUGCGCCACAACACAAACUACUUCAUUGAGUACUUUGCCAUGGAUCUGCUGAUGGAGAACGGCGAGUGCCGCGGUAUCAUUGCUUACAACCAGGAGGAUGGAACUCUCCACCGUUUCAAGGCUCACCACACUGUUCUGGCCACCGGUGGAUACGGACGUGCCUACUUCAGUUGUACAUCUGCCCACACCUGUACCGGUGACGGUAUGGCUAUGGUUGCCCGUGCUGGUCUCCCUAACCAGGAUCUGGAGUUCGUCCAAUUCCACCCCACUGGUAUCUACGGUGCCGGAUGUUUGAUUACAGAGGGUGCUCGUGGUGAGGGUGGUUACCUACUCAACUCCGAAGGUGAGCGUUUCAUGGAACGUUACGCUCCUACCGCCAAGGAUCUUGCUUCCCGUGAUGUCGUCUCUCGUUCCAUGACCAUGGAAAUCCGUGACGGCCGUGGUGUCGGUCCCGAGAAGGACCACAUCUACCUGCAGCUGAGCCACUUGCCCCCUGAUCUCCUUCAUGAGCGUCUCCCCGGUAUCUCCGAGACCGCCUCCAUUUUCUCUGGUGUCGAUGUUACCAAGCAGCCCAUCCCCGUCCUGCCCACCGUCCACUACAACAUGGGUGGUAUCCCCACCAAGUUCUCUGGUGAGGUCCUGAGUGUGGAUGAGGCCGGUAACGACAAGGUUGUCCCUGGUCUGUACGCUUGCGGUGAAGCCGCCUGUGUCUCCGUCCACGGUGCUAACCGUCUCGGUGCCAACUCUCUUCUGGAUCUGGUCGUCUUCGGUCGUGCUGUUUCUCACCGUGUCCGUGAAAUCGCCUCCCCUGGCAAGCCCCACUCCGAGCUGGCCUCUGAUGCCGGUGCCGAAUCCAUCAAGGACCUCGACUUUGUCCGUACCGCUGAUGGCCCCAAGUCCACCUUCGACAUCCGUAACGCCAUGCAGAAGACCAUGCAGACUGACGUCUCCGUCUUCCGUACACAAGAGAGUUUGGAUGAGGGUGUUGAGAAGAUCACCAAGGUAGACGAGAUCUUCGACCAGGUCGGCACCAAGGACCGCAGCAUGAUCUGGAACUCCGACCUUGUUGAGACUCUUGAACUCCGUAACCUGUUGACUUGCGCCUCUCAAACCGCUGUUGCCGCCGCUAACCGUAAGGAAUCCCGCGGUGCUCACGCCCGUGAGGACUUCCCCGAGCGUGACGAUGAGAACUGGAUGAAGCACACCCUCACGUGGCAGAAGACGCCUCACGGCAAGGUCGAUCUCGGCUACCGUAGCGUCGUCGACACGACCCUGGACGAGAAGGAGUGCAAGCCUGUUCCUCCCUUCAAGCGUGUUUACUAA